AUGCCUCCAAAACAACAAUUGUCCAAAGCCGCUAAGGCCGCCGCUGCCAUGGCUGGUGGUAAGAAGUCCAAGAAGAAGUGGUCUAAGAAGUCCCACAAGGACAAGGCUAAGCACGCUGUUGUCUUGGACCAAGAUAAAUUCGACAGAAUUAUGAAGGAAGCUCCAACCUACAGAUACGUUUCCGUCUCUGUGUUGGUUGACAGAUUCAAGUUGGGUGGUUCCUUGGCCAGAGUUGCUUUGAGACACUUGGAAAACGAAGGCAUCAUCAAGCCAGUUUCCAAGCACUCCAAGCAAGCCAUCUACACCAGAGCUACCGCUUCUGAAUAA